AACAAUAACAAUACCAAUACCAAUAAUAAUACCACCAAAACCAUGACCAUGAACCCCAACACGAUAGCGACUAGAACUGCUCAGUGUUGAAUUGCACAUAGAAUCGUGCGCAUAUGUACCAACACGUAUUUGUGAAGUGAAGUGUACAGUGUAGUUUGUGGGUGACAUUGUGAUUGUUGUGAAUAGAUUUAAUUGAUGUUAAUGUUAAUGUUGAUGUAUGAACCGGCGGAUUUUGAGAAUCACUAAUGCUAGACUUUUGUCCGUGUUAUUUCCUUGAUGAAUCAAUCAUUUUGCUGAUGCAUUUUCAUUUUGUUUACUUUUACUGCUUUUUCAUUUUUAUUUUUAUCGAUCAUUCUUUUUUUUGACCUUUUUGUUGUCUCUUUUUUUCCUCGUCUGCUCUGUGUGAUUUUUAAUCUCGUUUUCCAUUCGCUGAAAUUUUCGUUAAAUUUUAUCAACCAAUCAUUUUUAUGAUAAUCUAGUUUGACCUGGAAUCUUUCAAGUUUACGUUUUUGUAAAUAAUUUUGUUUAGAACUUACAGUGUCUCUCUAGAUUUCAGUUGUCUAUCAUAUUUCAUAGAUUAUCAUGAAAUACAAACAGAUGCUGUCCAAACAUAUUAAUCUUGAGACACCGCAGCACAUGGACUUGAUCUCUCUAAAUCAUACGACAAGCGACAGCAACAAACAGUCAGUGCAACUGGAAUACAACGCAAACUCACUAUUGAAACCUACCGAAAUUCUAACUUUAAAUCAUCAAUCACAUCCUUCUGUUACUCGUGUUACGGAGUCUUUAGUUUUUGUAACAGAAAAUAAAUUAAAUGAAGGUAUUCGGGCUUUUACUACUCAGAAUACCGAAACUAGUAUUUUUCAAUUGAAUGCAAGUUCACAAUCACCAUCACAUAAUUCAAAUAUAACUAAUAAAUGUCAGAUAAAAUUAAACACUUUGUCAAAUCCUUCUAAAAUUAGAAAAAGAGAACCUUACAUCCCAAGUUAUAUGGAUCCUUUAGCUGGCCCUGAACCUUGUGUUGUUUGUGGUGAUAAUGCAACUGGAUUUCACUAUCGUGCUAUGACAUGUGAAGGUUGCAAAGGAUUUUUUCGACGUUCAGUACAGAAAAAAUUGAUUUAUACUUGCAAAUUUCAAGGUCACUGCUCUGUAUCUGAUAAACAAAAUCGAAAUAGUUGUCAAAAAUGUCGCUUUGAUAGAUGCAUUAGCGGGGGGAUGGCUAAAGAUCUUGUACUUGAUGAAGAUAAACGUUUAGCUAAACGUCGUCUAAUCGAAGCAAAUCGAGCACGUAAAAGAGCUGAAGCUAUAGAAGCCUCCACUGCCGUAUGUGUUACAGAUCCAUCAAUUAAUAUACCUAAUUUUACAAAUCCUAAUUCAGUAUCAAAAUAUCAUUUCAUUCACAAUCAACCAAUCUCUACAUCGAACACCAUCUCUAGUACACCUGUUAUUAUGUCAACGAUUCCUUAUCAUUCUACAAUCCAUCCUAAUACUUAUUUUACUGAUCAAUUUGCGCUCAGUUCAACAACUGGAAGUCAGUUUAACUGUAAUCCUAUUCAAACACGUUUUUUGGAGGUAACCAACAAUGAUAGCCAUUCAUUUGUCAAUCCAAAAACACCAGAUGCAACAUAUUCACCUGCAAAUGAAGCACAAUUAAUUGUACAACCUAUUCAAACAAUCGAUAAAUUACAACCAUCUACUGUGCCCAACAACAUAUACUGGAAUCCUAUAUGCGGAGCUCCGUAUACACAGUGUUUCAUGAAUGAUACUAGUAAUCAUGAUAACAAUAAUUCUAAAAUCCCACUUUCAUUUAAAGAAUCCAUCAAUGGAAUUCACUUGUCAAUGCAAAUUAACAAAACUCGAUUAUAUUCUGGUGAAGAUGGUUACUGCAACUUACCAAGUAAAUAUAGUGAUUUUAAUAACCAACAAAGUGUGUAUACCAAAGCUGUAGAUAAUAACCGAAUUAAUAAUAUCAAUGUUAAUAAUGUCCAAACAAAUACAGAUUAUGAGCCUCAACAGUAUUCUCCUAUAACACCUGAGAAAUGUCAAACAUUAUCUUGUGAUCAACCAGCGAUCAAAGAUAAUUUAUCGAUUUCAUAUCCUAAGUAUGUUAGUAUGACGGAUUCAAAUGAUACAGUGCAUAAUGACUGCCCAUGGACAACAGAAGAUCAAAAUAUGGUUGAUUCUAUCGUUCAAGCUUAUAGUAAUAUGUUGAAUCCAAGCUUCAAACGAAAGAUUGACAAUGGAGAUGUUGACAAAGAACCUGAUAAAGCUUUCUAUUCUUCAACAGAUUCAAAAAUCACUUCACUUAUUGAACCAAUGAUUGCAUCACUUGUUGCAUUCGCCAGAUUAGUUCCUGGAUUUGAAUUGUUAGAUGCCAACGAUCAAACACGUUUGUUACGUGGCUGCUGCUUAGAUAUUAUCACUCUACGUGCUGCGUACUUAUUAAGUCGCAUUGCUGUCUCACUUGGAAUUGUUGAUUCUAAUGGACAUAACAAGCCACAAUUUACAAGUUCAUUAGAUUCGGUCGAUAUUUUUGUGCAGAAUCUUCCUUCACAUCAACACAAUGUUGCGUCUGCUAUUCCAAAUAAUAUUUACCCUCAAUUAGGCACUUCUGAUGUGAAAUGUGCUCAGAUGAUUCGUGCGGUAGCAUUGAAAUUAGCUCGCCUUGAAAUCGACCAAACAGAAGUUGCAUUAAUGACAUCUAUUUUAUUAAUGUCCCCAGAUCGUUUUGGUUUAACCGACUGUGAAACUGUCGAACAUACUCAGGAUAUUUUAUUGGAGACAUUCAAUCGUUAUGCUAAUCGUAUUCGAAAAAUUCGUUCCAAUCGAAUGAAUCAUAAUAACAUGUCAAGUCGUUCAGUUAACAUCAAUGGAAUUUCACAACAACAACAACAACAACAGUACUGGCCGAGGAUUCUCAUGGCUCUAACUGAACUGCGUUCAAUCACAUUGUGCAACCAAGGUUUAUUUGUGGAAAAAACCUACGGCAAUACAACUGAACAGUUGCCAUGGUAUUUUCAUGAGUUAUUCACCGGAGACUUUAUACUUCAAGAGACUAAUAUUUAUAGUUUUGAGAAUGGCAAUAAUAAUGACAAUAAUAAUAAUUUGUGUUGAAUGUAAAGCGCCUAACCUUUUAUGAAAAUAUCAAGGUAUACCAGUAUUGCUCAUUGUUAUUAUUGUUAUUAUUAUUAUUAUUAGACUUGUACGUGAAUAUGUAGAUAAACAGUGAACUAUGCUUAUAAUGUUUUUAUUUUGUCUCAUUUUCACUUGUGUCAUGCUUUUCUCUGUGAGUUUUUUUUUCUUCAUUUCUAUGUUGUUACUUUGUUUCAUUAUUCCUAACUUACAAUAGGCUUUAUUUUGUUAUCUGCAUAUUAUUCAACAUUUUCACUUCCUCUUUGUUGUGUUAAUUACAUAAUAUCAUUUUAUAAAAAUGAUAUAACACCAUUCUUUGAUAAUAAUUAAGGAAACUUUUUUAAUAAUAACAGAAUAGUAAUAUUUGUUUGUUAAGUUAUUUUGAUGGAAACAAAAUUACUCUUCAUUUCAUUAACAUACCAUUGAAAUUAUAUUGAUUUUAGGAAAGAAUAAGACGAAAUUUGUAGAAUGAUUUAAAGUGUUGUGUAUGUACUUCAAUUCAUUGGAUCUAGAGUUUCACAUUCAUAAAAAUCUUCGUCAAAUACUUUUUUUGUUUUUUAUAGAUUAGUUCGGAUUCUUUUUUUUUUCUUCUAUUUUCUAUCUACCUCUAAAGGAUAUUGAUAAUCAAAAUUUUUAUUUAAGUGUUAAUACACAGUGAAAUGUGUCAUUUGGUCUUAGUAUUACACUAGUGAUUCAUUUUAUAUUCUUAAUUAUUACUUUCGAUUAAAUGCAUAUUAAUAACUAUACUACUACUACUACUACUACGACUAUUAUUAUUAUUGUUAUUGUUGAUAGUAGUACCAAUGAAGUAAUGCCACUCAUAACCAUAAAAUGUAACAUAUAAUUUCCAGAAUUUUUUUUCUUCAACUUAACACCUUUAUGUCAUCAUGCUUUUUACCACUUAUCAUUAUCGUCUCAGAUAUAAUAGUGGUCUACUUACCUUUCUUUUUUCUUCUAUAAUAAACAAUUUAAGAGUGAUUCGUCCAUCAGAGUAAACAAUUUAUUAAAAUACUGUGUUGACAUAUUGAUUCACAUGCAUUAGUUGCAUACAUGUUAUUAACCUGACUUUUGUUUGACUUAAUUUGUCAGUACAUAUUGUAGAUAUAUGAAAACAACACAAGGAUCCAUAUUCAUGUGUACCAUCCUUAUUGAUAUCUGUAUGACGUCUUAUAUCAAAUGUGAUUUUAUUCCUUCUUUUUUUCGUUGAUUGUUUUUAUAGGAAUACAAACAAUCUUGAUAAAUGGUUAAAAAUUAUCAAGCAUAAAAGGAUCUUACUUUUAAUUAGGCAUUCUUUGUUUAUGUGUGAGCGGUUUUUUAAAAAAAAAUUUUCUUUGUAUAAAUGUG